GCGGGGCGAAGGCUGCGGGCUCGGCUUCUCUCGGCGCGGGAGCCACGCCGGGGAGGUGCCUCCCCUCGCCUCCGGUCCCACCUCGACGGCGAGAUGGAGGUUGGUGUUUGCAAACAGGAGAUGCUCCAGAAGAAGAAUGCUGUUUUGGUGGAUGGGGUCAUCCUAAAUGGUCCAAUAAUGGACUCUAAAGCAGGAGAGAAGUUUAUGGAAGAGGCCUGUAAGAUUAUAAUGGAAGAAGUUAUCCAGAAAGCUGAUGAUGUAACAGAAAAGGUCUGUGAAUGGCAAGCCCCCGAAACUCUUAAGCAGAUUCUUGACCUGGAAAUGAGGGACACUGGAGAAUGUCAUCAGAAACUCCUGCAACUCUGCCGAGAUGUUAUACAAUACAGCGUCAAAACCAGUCACCCAAGAUUUUUCAAUCAGCUCUACGCUGGAAUAGAUUAUUACUCGUUAGUGGCUCGUUUUAUUACAGAAGCACUAAACCCAAGUGUAUAUACGUACGAAGUAUCCCCUGUGUUUCUUUUGGUGGAAGAAGCAGUCAUCAAGAAAAUGAUUGAGUUCAUAGGCUGGGAAGAAGGUGAUGGUAUAUUUAAUCCAGGUGGCUCUGUUUCUAAUAUGUAUGCUAUGAACUUAGCAAGAUACAAAUUUUGUCCUGAGAUAAAGGAAAAAGGGCUUUCAGGCCUGCCAAGACUAGUCCUGUUCACUUCAGAAGAGUGUCAUUACUCCAUGAAGAAAGCAGCCUCCUUUCUGGGUAUCGGUACAGAGAAUGUUUACUUCAUCAGAACAGAUGAAAGAGGUAAGAUGAUACCUGAGGAACUGGAGAAACAAGUCCAGCGGGCCAGGAAAGAGGGGUCAGCACCAUUUCUUGUCUGUGCAACAGCAGGCACAACAGUGCUGGGAGCAUUUGAUCCUCUGGAUAAAAUUGCUGAUAUCUGUGAAAAACAUGGCCUCUGGCUUCAUGUUGAUGCUUCUUGGGGUGGCUCGGCUUUGAUAUCAAGGAAGCACUGCAGACUUCUGCAUGGCAUCCACAGGGCUGAUUCUGUUGCCUGGAAUCCCCAUAAAAUGUUGCUGGCAGGAAUCCAGUGCUGUGCUCUUCUGGUGAAAGACAACUCUGGCCUUCUGAAGAAAUGUUACUCUGCUGAGGCUGCAUACCUGUUCCAGCAGGACAAGUUCUAUGAUGUCAGCUAUGACACUGGUGACAAGUCCAUUCAGUGCAGCAGACGUCCGGAUGCAUUCAAAUUCUGGCUGAUGUGGAAAGCAUUGGGAACAACAGGCCUGGAGGAGAGAGUAAACAGGGCACUGGCUUUGGCAAGAUAUCUAGUGGAGGAAAUUAAGAAAAGAGAGGGAUUUCAGCUUCUUUUGGAGCCAGAGUAUGCAAACGUCUGCUUUUGGUACAUUCCACCAAGCUUAAGACAAAUGGAGGAUGGACCUGAGUUUUGGCAAAAGCUGCACCAGGUUGCUCCUAUAAUUAAAGAGAGGAUGAUGAAGAAGGGCAGCAUGAUGCUUGGGUACCAGCCUCACCGGGGCAAAGUCAACUUCUUCCGUCAGGUGGUGAUCAGCCCACAAGUUAGCCGGGAGGACAUGGACUUCUUGCUGGAUGAAAUUGAACUUCUUGCUAAGGACUUGUAGCUGUAGAUCCAGAGAGCCAGGUGCUGCUCACGUGUGAUAUUUUUGGAGAAAGAGUGGCAGCAGCAUUCUGGUGUUAUUCUGUGAAGGUAGUAAAAAGCUUGACAUAUAGUUUGGUAACUGUCAUUUUAUAGAUUGAUGUUGAGAACUUUGCAGGUAGAACACCCCUUCACUGGAAAGUACUUGUUGAUGGGGGCUGGGACAAGCUGGUACUUGCAGCACCAUUGCUACCAUUUUAAGGAGUGUUUCCUCAAGAAGGGAGUGCUUCUGCAAAUGUUGUCUAUGUCCCAGGGAAGGCAGCUAUUUACUGGGUGCCUGUGCACAGUAUAGCUCAAAUUGGUCACUCAUGUAUGCAGGCAAUAUUCCUCUGAAGUUGCUGUGAGGAGUGGUUUAGCUCAGUGAGCCUAAAGAUGCUAGUUAAUUAUCUACUCUGUCAAUAUUUUAGCUUGGUUGGUAAUGAAACUGAUAAGACUGGAAAUUUUGGACUUACAUGAAGCUUUCCUCAAGGGCCCUAACUAAGUGGAUUGCCCAGGUUUUCUACUGUGAGCACAGGCAGACUAGAACGAGGCUCAGCACAGUCACCACACUGGGAGGUUUGCAGGAACCUCUUGCACAAAGUCCUGAGUAACCAAUAUCGACCCUGCCAGCCUACAGGAUUUUGUGAUUCUACGAAACACAGUCAUUGGGUCCAGUCAGUGUUUGCAGUGUUGUGUACCCAAAAUAUCACCACAUCUUUAGCACAGCUGAGAAUAUUGGAAUAACCCUUAGAAUUUCUUAAGUCUUUGUUAACAAGAGUUGCCUAUCAUUUCUGAACUGCUGUUCACCUUCUAUUUUUAAAGUGUAAAGACUUACUUAGAAGCUUUUAGAUGCACUUUAAAAUUGUAACAGAGAAAAACAAUAUUUACCCAAAAGAUGCAUAUUUUUAUGCAUGGUGACUAUAUAUUAAUAAUAUAGCAGAAUUACUUAUUACAUUAUUUGUUUGUAUUUUCCUACAGAUUUGAGAUGACUUGAUCUUAUGUUGUCAGUGUAUAAUUUGUAAGUUGACUCUGAAAUUACAUUAGUAGUAAUCAGAGAAGGUCUUCCUGUGACUGUAGGAUAUGAACAGCUUGAACAUUUUUGGUCAAUUUUAGGUUAGAAAACUAAGUUCUGCACUUUGUGUUUGUGUUAAGAGUUAAUUUUAUUCUAUAAAAAGUAUCUGUUUUAUAAAGAUAGAAAUGUAUUUCUUGGGAUGAAGUUCUUUCAGCAAACUAAUGGAAAUAGCCAUGUCUUUCACCUUGUAAUCAACAUCUACUUAACUUUAAUGUUUUAAUGUUUAUUCCUUGUUCUGUAUUUGAGGUAGCACUGACCAAUAAGAACCUUUCUGCUAUAAUAUUUUCUGUCCUGGAAGCUGUCUUUAAACACAAUGCUUCCUUAUUUUCAUUUUCUACACUGUACUAGGAUCUAACAUUGCAUGAAAUUCCUACUUCCAAUCUUCAAGAUGAUGGUGUGAAAAGUUUAGCAAGGUCAUGAUAACCAAGGAGGUCAUAGUAUCAGAGCAGUAGUUAGGAGCGAGAGCCAUCCUGCAGCCCCUGACAGAUGCCUAUAACAGUGUCCUGGAGGUGAAUACGGUUGUGCUUAUCAUAUUGAUCCACUGAACUUUAAACCAAAUCCAUGUUGAUAGUAAUAUAAAAAUGAGUAUCACAAUGUGACCCCUGGAUUUUGCCUUUUAAUACUCACAAAUCACUCAAUCAUUAAUUGACUUGUCUUCUGGCUGUACCAGCUACCAGGAUCUUGGAAAGCCCAUACCUUACAGGGCCUGUAAGGCUUAUUUUGCCUCCCAGUCACUCUGGGUGGAGUGCAAAGUACACAAGGAGUGCUGGAUGGAUGGGAUGACUUUGCUUCCUGAGAUAGACAGGAUUGUUAUCCCUUCUCCUUCUUUUUUUUUUUUUUUUUUUUUUUGACCUUGAAGGAAAAGACAAUACAGUGUCAGGAUUGUUUAUGGUGAGUACUUGAUCUAUGAUUUGUGAAGAAGUUAUGACACCUUUCAUCAGCUAAGAUUUUGGUCCAUGGUGUCUUGUGACACCACCACUAUCAGAGUGUUACUGUCUCAUUUCUCUUUGUGUUUUUAGUGCAUUUCUCUGUUUCCAUAUACUGUGACACUUAUGGCACAUGUCAGACUGAAGUAACAAAGUUCCUUUCUGUAGCAGUAGUGGCUAGAGAAUGUUUAAAUGAGAGCAAACUGGAAUUUUUUUCACUUUUGCAGAAAAUAGGUCUCUGAUCAAUAUGUACCCUGGUUUCUUCAAAGCUAUAGAUUUACCUUCCAGUGUGAUGUGAGUACCUUAUCUGAUCUCCAUAUAAUUUCUAUUAUUUCUGACCCUUUAUCGUGUCCCAGGUGCACAAUAUUUCAUGACUAACACGAUUUUCUUAUUGUUGCUUAUUUAAGAUUAGUAUGUACAAGAUGUCUAUUUUGUAGCUGAUGAUUUUAAUAAAAAGUGAAGUAAAUUACACCCUUAUAAA